AUCUGAAACGCUACUUUUCUACUUUCUUUCACUGUUGCUUUGGUCGUAGUUUAUGAUGUUACACGGAGAGAAUCCUUCACAAACUUGUGUGAUGUGUGGGCUAAAGAAGUGGAGCUCUAUUCUACCAAUCAGGACUGUGUCAAGAUGCUUGUCGGAAAUAAAGUUGAUAGAGAGUCCGAGAGGGUUGUUAGCAGAGAAGAAGGAAUGGCCCUUGGCAAAGAACUUGGGUGUUUGUUUGUUGAAUGUAGUGCUAAAACUAGAGAAAACGUGGAACGAUGCUUUGAGGAGCUUGCAUUGAAGAUAAUGGAGGUCCCUAGUCUUUUGGAAGAAGGAUCUAAUAUAAAGAGGAACAUUUUAAAGCAGAAACCAGAAAAUCAGCCUCCUCAAAGUGGCGGUUGCUGCUCUUAACAUGGCACAACAUGGAGAACGUGCCAAGAAAGCACGACUUACUUUCAACGCAAUGCCUGGGCGCCCCGGUGGUACAUUCCUUUGGCAUCUAGAAUGUGAACAACUUGUGUACAUUAUGAUCUCUAUCAAGAUUUUUUUCUAGUCUCUACAUCAAGAUCUAUUAGCUUGUGUAAAUUUGUUUGUAUUGCACUUCUUGGAAAAUUAUCAUCGGUGUUAGAAAACAUUGCUUUCAUUGAUUUUACCCGAGAUUUCAAAUUUCUGAU